GUGGCCGAAUUUUGCCGCCAGUUCCGGUUACGAUCGGCGAGAGGACGCGACGACGCCUCGAUUAAAUUUCACCGUCCGGGAACAGUGUUCGAUGAAAGUUCGCGAUUAUUGGUUGGAUCUCCUCUAGGUAUAAUCACAACCAUGGUAUGACACUCGAUUGAGGUAGCCAGUCUAUAAACGACCGCCAGCCGCCGCCAUGAGCAAGCUAUUUCAAUUUCUGGUUCUCCUCCUGUUGGGUGUCAAUGCCAGACGGUCCGACGUGGACAGCAGACCUGCUGAUGACGCGUACGCCGGCCAGCAACGCCGUGGCCUCCACAAGUUGAAUUACAACAACAAUAAUAAUUACAAUCAUCAGUCGAACUCACCGUAUCAGCCGUAUCAGCAACCCCGGGAAAGGAAGCCUAACAUCGUGCUGAUCCUGACGGACGAUCAAGAUGUUGAAUUGGGUUCGCUGAACUUCAUGCCAAGGACCCUAAGGCGAAUAAGGGACGAGGGCGCCGAGCUAAGACACGCAUACGUGACCACUCCCAUGUGUUGUCCGAGCAGGAGCUCUCUACUGACCGGUCGUUACGUUCACAAUCACGAGGUCUUCACGAAUAACGACAACUCGCCAGAACAGCGUUGUUCAGUGAACGGCUCGUUAGACGGUGACGGCAAUGCAGAAGCAUGCGAUGUACCUUUAAAUCUCGGCACGAAAACGUUAGCACUCGGUUGUAACAAACACGAGCCGACAUGCAAACGAAUAAAUGAUCGCCGACCGAAGCGCACCACGCUAGAAUCCGAAAAGCGGCAGGAACCACAGGCGCCCGAUUUAAUUCCCACGAUUUUACACGUUCCAGGAUACUUCGGCAAGUAUUUGAACAAGUACAACGGCUCGUACAUACCGCCGGGGUGGCGGGAAUGGGGCGGCCUUAUAAUGAACUCCCGCUACUACAACUACAGCGUCAACAUGAACGGCAAGAAGAUAAAGCACGGCUUCGACUACAGUCGGGACUAUUACCCGGACCUGAUAGCCAACGACAGCGUGGCUUUCCUCAGACAGAGCAAACACAAUUUCGCCCGGAAGCCGGUAAUGCUAGUCGCGAGCUUCCCGGCGCCGCACGGCCCAGAGGACUCGGCGCCGCAGUUCUCGCAUCUCUUCUUCAACGUCACGACUCAUCAUACACCAGCAUACGAUUACGCGCCGAAUCCCGAUAAGCAAUGGAUACUUCAAGUUACGCAGAAGAUGCAACCUAUUCACAAGCAGUUCACGGAUCUCUUAAUGACAAAACGAUUGCAAACAUUACAGAGUGUUGAUGCGGCCGUAGAUAGAAUCUAUCAAGAAUUGAAAGAUUUGGGCGAGCUAGAUAAUACGUACAUCAUCUACACGUCCGACCAUGGAUAUCAUUUGGGACAGUUCGGACUCAUAAAAGGCAAGAGCUUUCCGUUCGAGUUUGAUGUAAGGGUACCAUUCCUCAUCAGAGGUCCUGGCAUCGAACCUGGAUCCGUAAUAGACGACAUAGUUCUGAACAUCGAUCUAGCACCGACAUUCCUGGACAUCGCUGGCGUCGAGACACCACCACAAAUGGAUGGUCGCUCUUUCAAGAAACUCUUUCUUAAUAGCAAGCAUGGCAGAAGGUCGAAGUUCAAAUGGCCUGAUACGUUCCUGAUCGAGUCUUCUGGACGCCGUGAGACUCCGGAAUCUAUCGCUGAAUCAAAGGCACGAGAGGCUAGAAAGCAAAAUGCCACACAGGCUAAGCAACCGCCAAGCUUGACGCCGGAAGAGGAGGAAGAUGAUAUCGCCGAUACAGACGCUGAUGCCGAAGUGGAGCAUCGAUUUAUAGAGAACGACACCGGAAGUGACCAGGAUAUUUCAGAAGACGAAGACUUUGAAGAUUCAAUCAUCGAUGAAACAAGCUCAGAUCCUCAUCUCGACAAUAGGGUGCAUCCGAUGCACGCACCCUUCGCGACGAAGCACGAGCGUCUCGCAGCGGAAUGUUCGCGACCGGAAGCGCAAGCUGAUUGUCUUCCCGGACAGAAGUGGCGAUGCGAGAGGGAUGGGCACCGCUGGCGGCGGCAUAAAUGUCGAUACGCGAUACCUCCGCCACCACAGAGGGUGUCUAAAAAAUGCGCCUGUUUCACUCCGAACGGUGUGGUCUACACGAGACUCGAUUCCGACGAUUAUGACGGACAGAGAUACAGUUUCGCGAGGGACCGCCGAUUCGACCCUUACGCUGACGCGACAGGAUAUUUUAUUAGGCGAGAUAAGCGUGAAGUAUCAAAUUAUACCAUGUUAAUGGAUAACGAGAAGUUUGACGACGACUUCAACGCGCAAGAUGAACGCGACAGACGUGCGAUUGACGAGGAGGAUGACGAGGACUUCCUCCAGGAGUUAGAUAUGCUGGAGCAGGAAAUGAGGAGAGAAUACAACAAGAUACGAUUUAGAAAUGGCAGCAGGAGGGAAAAGGGCCCGAAUGAUGACGAGAUUGACAAACAAGAUAAUCUUGCCGGCGACUACUUGAAUUACGACUAUUCGAUAAAUGAUUUUGAUCCAACUUUAGAUAAAGUUGUUACGGGACGCCUAAAUGUCGACGAUGUAAUAAAGAGGCAUCGAAGAGUACGGAGAAGCGUUACGAAGAGGGAUACUAUAGAGCACGUCACGAAAAUCAUGGAAAACAUAGAAGAAGAAUUAGAUGGCUUAAAGGAAACCCAUCACUCAUCCGAGACAGAAAAGUCGCUAUCCUCAAAAUGUCUGGUUUUACCGGAAGGUGGUGUAAACUGUACUGACGCUGUGUAUCAAGAUCCUAAUGAGUGGCGGACGUCGAGACGGCAGAUCGAGCAGCAAAUUCGAGAAAUGCGUAUCCAGUUGGAAACGUUAAAAGAGAUUCGCCGGCACCUAAUGAUCAAACGGCCACAAUUCAUUGCGGACAACGAGGAGAAACUCGCUGACGCGGAGGAAUCUCGCGGCUCGCACAAAGUUCAUCAUCAUUCUCCGAAAGUUCACGCAAAUCGUCAUCACAAGAAACACGAUAAAAUUGCCCACACUGCUAUGGAUCAUGUUACGAGCACGACGGAGUCUGUCACGAAGAUCGAUACGACUCUAAGCAACGAAAAAGUUUCAACGGAAGGAACACUUGAGAGAUACAGCACAACUCCCGUUGAAACUAUCACGGAGACGACCACUGAGACUUCAGCAACGGGGACUCCGAUAUUUAAACCGAAGAAAUCGCCCCGACGACAGAAAAUUAAGGAAUCGUCCACGAACAGAACGGAGACCGAGGAGGACAAGCCGCAGCGACGCAGGAAAACGCAUCAUCAUCGAAGGAACAACACGCUGCUCACGAACAGUGUGCACGAUGAUGCUUUACGCGUAACGCAUGUGAAUGGAAGUGAUACCGGCGAGGCAACGUCGUCUACGCAGAAUCCCACAAUUCGCGAUCGGCACGAUCACAUUGAACACAAGUUUACGACCGUCCCUAUCAUCGCAGUCACGGAAGCGCAAAGCACCGCGCGGCAAGGAAUCGCGAACGUAUUCAGGAAUAGCGACGAUUUCGAAGAUCGUACCACGGAUUCGAUCACGGUUACGGAACCGGGAAUGACCAUGACGAUAGCCUCGACACAUGCGACUGAGGUGCCAAGAACCAACCCGGCCAUCAGUAAGAAUGCAAGUUCGGAUCGAUCUCGAAGCACGCCCAUAACGACACCAACAACUACACCAUCAAUGAAGAGAUAUCCUAAGGUACAGAAGAACAGAACGUCGGGAAUUGUCAAGCCAGCAAGGAUCGACGUUACUAUUCUCGAGGCUCCCGAAAAAAAGCACAAGCAAGCUGCAACUAAUAACAGUGGUAGCCGGCUACCGUCGAUACUGAACAAUCCAUUAGAAGCGCGUCACAAGUGUUAUUGUGAACCGGAUGUGAAGAAAGACGAGAAAGAGAUCGCUAGGGAGGAGAGACGAAGAUUGAAGGAGGAGCGUUUAAGAAAGAAAGAGCGAAAACUCAGAAAGAAAGCCAAGCUGGAAAAAGAAUGUCUGACAGAAAAGAUGAAUUGCUUCGAACACGAUAAUGACCACUGGCGCACCGCACCUCUCUGGAAUGCGGGACCAUUUUGCUUUUGCAUGAAUGCUAAUAACAAUACGUAUUCGUGCAUACGCACAAUUAACGUGACGCACAAUUUUCUUUACUGCGAAUUCACCACAGGAUUAGUGACGUAUUAUAAUUUAAGAAUUGAUCCAUUUGAGCAAUGGAAUAGAGUAUCGUCUUUGACACCCAUUGAAAAAUCUUAUCUGCACGAUCAAUUGGAGCACUUAAAAGGAUGCAAAGGUACAUGGGACUGUACAGUCGGCAGCGCUAGAGAAGCUAUGCCACAGCUCCAGCAACAUCAACGAUAUACUUCGAGAAGAAAAUAUGACGACUCGUUUGCAGAAGAUAUGUUUGUACCUUCGGCAUUACAAAUUGUGCGCGAAAGUGAACUUGCCAGUCCACCCAAUAAAAGACGGAAGAAGUUACAAAAUUGGAGUAGACGCAGUAGGAGCUGGCAAAGCAACUGGCGACAUCAUCAGGAUUCUAUAAACCCCCGACGCCAUAGUAAUAGACAUCAACAAUCAACAAACUGAUCAUCGAUAUAUCUUUUUUUAUAUAAGCUUUAACACAUCCGUGUGACGAAUUGCCUUAGGUAUACAUUGAUUUCGCGAUGCAUUUAGUAGUCUAAUUUAUUUAGUAAUAAAUUAUGCGAUCACGGUGAUAUUUAAAUUAAUGACCUUUCGAUUGUAUUAGAUGUUUGUCAUCCACAUUGUGCACGUUUCCAAUUUUGCGAUAAUUGUUAAAUUUAAUUGUAAGAAUUUCAUGUGCAUAUGUGGAACGUAUUUAAAUUUAAAUUUAUAGAUUUGCGAGAUAAGUUGCGAGAUAAAUGUGUAAUUGAUAUUAUAAAUUUGAAAUAGCUAGGCAAUUUUGUUCUUUUUCAUAUAAGCAUUUUUACAAUAAUUUAUUUGCGCUUUUUAGGGAUUCCAAAAAUAUUUUAAGUAAGAGAAACGAUUAUAUUAUACAAUUUAAUUACGUAUACAUAUUUUUGAGAUGAGUGUCACGACCAAUUGCAGUUUUUGGUAAAUGAAUCGGUCGAUGAUACUAAUUUCUUUAUUAUAAGCAUGUAAACACACACUAACGUCAACAUAAAAAGAUUUUCGCUCAAAAUUCUUUCAAGAUAAAUUAUUGAAACCAGCUGUGUAAUAAAAGACUGCGAACGCACAACGAAAAA